UUCGUCGUCAUUUUCAUUGCUUUUUCUUCUCCUCAACUCUUCCCACUCCUUUUAAGCCAUUUUCAGAACUCAAGACUCUUCGAAUCAAAACAAAAAAGACAUGGGUUUUGUGAAAGAGGAGAAAUUGAGAAAAGUAUGGCGAGGUUUGAAGACUCUGUUUUUCUUGAUCACCAUGGUCAUUUCAUUUCUCCUGUUCUCUGCCCCCUUCCUUCUUGCUAUUGCCGAUACCCUGUUACCUUCUGCUUUGCUUUCUGCUUCUCUUUCUCCUUCGUCCCUGUCCCUGGGAACGCUCUCCUCCCAUUUUAAUAAUUACGAUUUUCGGUAUUCCCUCAUUGAUAUACCUCUCAUCUCUAUCAUAAGAUCAUCCGUUAUACUCUGUGUAUAUAGCCUUUGCGACGGACCGAGGCUUUCGAAAGGGCCUUACUUGGGGAUUGCGAUGAUUUGUUCUGUCCUGUCUCUGAUUUUCGUUACGAUAAAAGCUUCAUUUGUGUUCAGCUCAAGUGUUUAUCGAGAAGGGUAUGUCAGAGCCGUGGAGAUUGCCCUGUUCGUGUGUUCCCUCGCCUUGGCCGUCGGGCAUAUCUUGGUUGCCUACAGAACAAGCUGCCGAGCGAGAAGAAAGCUACUUGUAUAUAAAAUCGACAUUGAAAAUGUAAGUCCCUCCAGUUCUUUUUGCCAAUCGAAUCAAUGAAAUCAAAAAAUUAGGAAAUGAAGCUGCAAUUAAUCAUCCUGCCCCACAUCUGUUUGAUGAAAAGCCAACGUGUGGAAUAUUUGUUUUUCUAGAAGGUCAACUGUUCCUUGGUUUUCAAUUAGCACAAGGAAAUUUGUGUGGUAAUGAUUUCGCAGUGAGGAAGGCUCAGCCUGAGAAUGACCUCAGAAUCCGUUUCCCUGUGGUUGAGACUUCGUCAUUCUUUUCUUAUACAUGAACUUGAGCCCUGCAUUCGCAUUUAACUGAACACUUCUAAUUGUUCAUAGAAUUCACAUUGAAAUAUUUUCCACUUUUCUAGAUAGUACUGAAUUUUUUAGGAGGCUUGUGAAGUAAUUCUCAUCAUUCUUUUCUUUCUGUUUACUUUUCUUUCUGGUCUACGUUUUCCUUCUCCACCUAAGCAAAAGUCAUAAUCAUACAAGAAAUAUUGCAUCAAUAGAAUCUGGGAUGAGCCGCCGCCUACAGAGACUGUUUGAAAAUUUGAGUAUUAAACUUUGCCAAACAAUUGAAACUUAUUAGUUCUAACUUUCAAAACUUUGAUUUUCGGGUUUAAAUCAGAAGUUAAAGCCUUCAAGGUCCAAACUUUGAUUGUAUUUCGUAUUCUGCUACUUUUCCUCUGGUUGGUUUAUCUGGUUGACUAAUUAGGAUUAUUCUCGAGAGGGAGUCUAGUUGUCUACGAUUCUUAAUUCCCUAGGCUUGGUGAGAAUUGUAUUCCCUAAUCAGCUUACCUAUGAAUGUGGUCCACUUCUACAUUCCAUCUUCUAGCAAUAAUGCUUUUACAAAACUAACAUCAGCCCUUUAUUCUGUUCCCCACUGCAGUUUCCAGAAGGAAAAACUUUUGUAGAGGGUGUUGCUAAAAAGAUCUGUUUAUACGAUGAUAAUUUACAGGUUUCAGCUUGCAAAAAUGGGUUUCCAAGAUAUCAGAAAAAGCUCCAAGAAGAAAGAGUGAAGUAAAUACCAACAGCAAAAUUGAGAAAUUUUCAAACCUAAUAUGGUUGAUGAUGUGGUUCAUUGCGUCCUUCAAUUACAAAUUUCAGAUUUAUGCAAAGAGAAACUGUGUCUUGAAGACCAAAGUAGUUAACCAGAUGAAGACCAUUUUUGUUUAGCAUCAGAGAGCAGGUGUGAUUAUUUGUUGAAAACAGGUUAGAAUUAUUUGGUCUGUAUUACUUGGAGAAAUUGUGGUAGGUGGCUUUGUAUCUAUUGGUGUGGAGGCUCUGAUUUCAGAAAACACCCAACAUUUGGUUUGUGGUGCAGAGUUUGUAUUGUACAGAAAAUAUUCAAAAGAAAUUGGCCAAAGCCCUUUUUAUAAAAUUCUUAUGGGAAA